AUGGGGACAUUUACAUUCCAAUGGCCCUACAAUGCGAGUGAGGUGUUUGUUACCGGCACCUUCGACGAUUGGGGUAAAACAGUGAAAUUAGAUCGUGUGGGGGAUGUGUUCCUCAAGAAGGUCACCAUUUCGCCCGUUCAGAAAGUCCACUACAAGUUUGUUGUCGACGGCACUUGGACCACAGAUACCAACGUACGCGAAGAAGACGACGGACAGAGCAACAUCAACAACGUGCUGCUACCCGAAGAGAUCGAGACCUCUGCGGAUCACUCUAACGUCGCCCCCACUAUGUCCGGCGUGACCCCUGAUUCCACAACCGCGGCUCUGGCUGCCAACGUUCCCAAGGAGGCAAAUGGCAACCUGCCCGGUACCUUCCCUGAUACCCCGGGACAGGAAUCCGAACAGACCCUGUCCGUGGAUCCCAUUCCGGGCUCCGGUGGUUAUGGCAACCCCGUCAGCCUGAACCCGGGCGACAAGGUCCCCCACCACAGUGAGCUCCACAACAACACGGUGGCUUCCGGGGUGACUCUCGACAAGGAGUCCUACGAAAAGGGUCAAACUCUUCCCGUGAACCCGGGGAACCCCACUGACUCGGGUAACACCGACGCUUUCGCAUUCACUAUCCCCCCGGUCACGAACAACAUGAUUCCCGAAUCCAGCCUUCCCAUCGGUGGUCCCGCGCAGCGUGCGGCCGCUGGUGAGACGGAACCUAUCUAUACUGGAGGCCCUGCGCAGCAGGCAGCCGCCGCCGAUCCCGGAUAUACCAUCCAAUCUGCAGGCCCUUCCUCUACCACCGCGGCGCUCGCUGCCAAUGUUCCAUUAGAGUCCAAGGGCAAGCAACCCAACGGCGACAAGCCGGUUGACGAGGUGCCACAGGUAGUGAAGGACUCGCUGGCCGAGGCGCACCAGGACCCCGAGGCUGCUGCCUACAAGACAGCAGUCGAUGAGAAGAAGGAUCUGGAGAAAGAACUCCAGAAGAAGGUCGACGUCGAAGAGUCUGCAGGUACCCCGGCGCCUACUGUAACUGCAGCCACCCAUCCAAUUGCGCCUCAUCUCACCCUUGGUGGUGGCGCAGACUCGGCCGAUGUCUCGCCCACUUCCACCCCUCCCCCUGGUCGCAACGCUGCCGCUGCUAUCCCCACCUCGCAACCCAAGACUACUUCUGAGCCUAGUGGGCCAACUGUGACCACUGGACCUGAGACUACUUCUACUUCCGAAACUACAACCGCGAAGCCCGCAGGACCCACUGUGACCACUGGCGCUGAUUCCGCCCAGGCACCCGCCACAUCAGAAGCGAAGGCCGAGAAGGCGGAGAAGCCCGCACAGUCUCCUAGCACUGAAGGCGCUUCUACUAAUGGCGACAAGAGCGAGAAGAAGAAGAAGCGUCUGAGUGGCUUCUUCAGCAAGCUCAAGGAGAAGUUGAAGUAA